AGAGGGGCGAAGACCUUGACACAUGGUUGAGGUCAGUGCCAAUCUACGUUAAGUGUAAGUUAACCUUGUCGCACGAGGAAGUGCUUAUGGUUGCCUCCUACCCGGAGGGGAGUGCAACAAUAUGCCUAAGUGGGUACGUGCAACUACAGGGGUAUGGUCAUGACUUUCUCGCUUGGGCAGUCAACCAGAAACUGGAAGACUUCCUUAAGCUGGUGGAAGAGAGGUGGCGUGAUCCUCAGGAGGCCCCAAAGGCCACUGAUGUGAUCCUGACUUUGAGCUCUAGAUCGUUCAAGUCAGUGAGAGAUGCCACAGACACAGUAGAGCGUCUAAUCUGUGUUCCUGGAAUGCGUUACGACCCCCAAGUCUUACUGACCACUUACCUGAGGUGUCUUCCCAUGCCACUCAGGAAUCAGUUGGCAGGUAAGGCUAACAUCAAUGUGCACAACUUUCCCUCGUUCAGCAAGAGGGCCCUAGACCUGGAAGCAAAGAUAGGGCAUGGACAUCAACCCAUGACGGAUGGUAGGAAGAAAGCACCGCCUCCCAACUGGAAGGCGAAGGGUCGCAUCAUGUUCGUUGACAACGAUGAUUCCACCAUCAAGUUGGACGACGACUUCCAAGAAGGAGUAGGUUCAGAGGCAGACAACGUAGAGGCUUUAGGGGGUGGAGCAGUCGCUGCCUCUGUUAAGAAAGAUCCGGACAAGCCGUUUAUGGUAACCACGAAUGCCAGCCAAUAUGGCAUAGGCGUCGUGCUCGCGCAGCAGGAGGGGCCAAAGUUGAGGCCCGUCGAGUACAUGUUAAAAAAGAUGCCCUCUCAGAAGUUGGCUAAGUCCACUUAUGAGAAGGAGCUCUAUGUGAUCUACAAAGCGCUAACCCACUGGAGGCACUACCUCCUUGGGAGGUUCUUCCACAUCAGGACUGAUCAUCAGACCUUGAAGUGGAUGAGAACCCAGCUAGUGCUCUCGGAUGCGUUGAAAAGAUGGAUCGAAGUCAUUGAGCAGUAUGACUUCGAAACUCGGUACAUCAAAGGAGAGUACAACGGAGUCGCUGAUGCGCUGUCGUGUAGGCCAAACUUCCUCGGUGCGCUGAUCACUGAGUUUAGGCUUGCGGAUGAUGUUACUCGUUCUCUGGUGGAAGCCUGUCGCGAGGAUCCGUUUAUGGGUGAGAUCAUACGCAGACUCGAGGCGAAGGACAAAGUGACUUCUGCCGCGUUUGAGUUGGUCAACGGCCUGCUGUUCCUUAAGAAGGCUGGGAAUAAACGCUUGUUUGGUAAGUAUGCUAGGUUACUCGCAAUGCCUGCAACAACCAAGACUGAGUACGUAAUCAAGCUGUUCAAGGAAAACUGGGUCAGGGAUUUUGGAUUGCCAAAGUCUAUUGUGAGUGACCGGGACGUGCGAUUUACUAGCGAACUGUGGAAGGCUGCAGCUGCAGAACAGGGUACACAACUGCAGAUGACCUCCAGGAACCACCCAGAGGCAAAUGGGCAAGCAGAGCAGCUGAAUCGCGCUGUACAACACCUGUUGAGGCACUACAUUAAGCCCAACCAGGUGGACUGGGAUGAGAAACUAGCUCUCAUCGCCAGCCUGUACAACAAUGCUGUGCACAGCGCAACGGGGCGAGCUGUAGAGCAGAUGCACAAGGCACAGGCGGCGGUGAUAGAAUCUGAGAACAAGCACCGCCGCCCAUCUACAUUCCAGGUAGGGGACAGAGUCUGGGUCAAGUCCUCAGAACUGGGACAAGAGCACGGGAUAUCCCGUAAGCUCAUGCCACAGUACUUUGGACCCUGGGAGGUUCUGGAUAUUGUCGGGGAUGUUCCGGAUGGGCCGUCAUAUGUAGUUCAGAUCCCUGGUCACCGUCGCACUUACCCUGUCUUUCACGCCUCCAAGCUUGCACCUUUCAGGGAUACUGAUCAGUUUUCCUCGCGCCGAUCAAUGCUGCCCCCAACCAUGGAUGGAGAGGUCGAUAUUGACGACAUCGUGGACCACAGGGAGUUGCCAGUUCCAAGACCAACCGGCAGGGGACGUCCUCCCAAGCCAAAGCUGCAAUAUCGCGUUUGGUUCAGACAUCACACUGAUCCAAAGGAGGAUAGAUCUUUCACCCGGGAGGAAUUGAUGCAGACUGCUCCACAGGUUGUCGCCAACUACGAGAAGUUGCUGCAAAAAGGAAAGCGCCAGAUUGAAUGAACUUCUCAGAGGACUAGCGAAGUAUGGAGGACGGAAUGCGAGGCACAAGGCCUCGGUAAGCCCUACUGGGCCUGUUUAUCAGCAAGGUCGGCCGCACUAAGUGAAGG